AAGAGCCAUGUAAAAAAAAGAAUUCGCCAGCCCCUGUGACUGAAUUUGAGCGAUAAUGUCAAUGGAAUUAACACAUUGCCAUUGUUGAAUGGUCUCCUGUGGCUAUAUAAACAUCAAGAUUUGUUGGCACUGCCUCACCUAAUGCCAGACAGAACUGACUGAUGAGGAUGUGGCACAGAAGCAGUUUGGAGCUCCUUGGGUCACAAAAUCAGUGAAGAUGGCUGCACUGCAGAAGCCAAAGCUGGUCAGGAGGGCAUGCAGCCCCAGCCAUUGCUGCAGAUCCUUCCUCUCUUUGUCCCUUUGGACAUCAAAGGCUCGCAAGGGGACAGCCCUGGCGGGAAGCUCCUCCCUGCUCAUUAUCCUCCAUAAAACAGGAACUCACCUUGGCUAGCUGUGCUUGGGGUCCCAUCCUCAUCCCGCUCACUCUUGACACUGGAUUCGGAAGGAAGGGCUUGUGCUUGCUUCAGGAAAUCAGACCUGCUUUUGAACUGGACUAUUUUGGCUUCCCUUGUAAGAACUCUGGUGGCUCUCUUGGCCCUGCAAGCUCCUCCACGUCACAGUACAUGGAAAAAUGCAAGCUUUACCAGACGUGAAAGCGCCGUGUGAGGCCCUUCCUUCCCCCAGCCUGGAGCCCUUCCCACAGAGCUCCAUCGUGGUCACCCUCGAGGACAUGGGGCUCUGGAUGAAGUUUCACCAGAUAGGAACUGAGAUGAUCAUCACCAAAUCUGGCAGACGAAUGUUUCCUCAAUGCAAAAUCAAAGUCUCUGGCUUAAUCCCAUAUGCCAAGUACCUCAUGCUGGUAGAUUUUGUGCCAAUGGAUAACUUCAGGUACAAGUGGAAUAAAGACCAGUGGGAAGUUGCUGGAAAAGCAGAGCCCCAGCUCCCUUGUCGCACCUAUGUCCACCCAGAUUCCCCAGCUCCUGGCAGCCACUGGAUGAAAGAACCUGUCUCCUUCCAAAAACUGAAGCUCACUAACAACACUCUGGAUCAACAUGGGCAUAUCAUCCUGCACUCCAUGCACCGUUACAAGCCGCGCUUCCACAUCGUGCAGGCAGACGACCUCUUCAGCGUCCGCUGGAGCAUCUUCCAGGUGUUCAGCUUCCCUGAGACUGUCUUCACCUCUGUCACUGCCUACCAGAAUGAGCAGAUUACAAAGCUCAAGAUUGACAACAAUCCGUUUGCUAAAGGUUUCCGUGAACAUGGGAAGAACACUCGGAGGGAAGGACGAGCCAAAUGCCAGAAGCCCAGUCCAGCCAAGAGCCAGAAGAGGAAGUUGCCUGAGGAAAAGGAGCCUGCUGCUGAGGAACGUGAUUUUGAGAAGGAUGAGAAUGUAGACGUGAAGGAAGAGAGUAACCCAGUGGUGGUGAGCAGUGGAUAUCCCUUCUGGGGCUCGGAGCAGAACAGCAGCCAGGCGUUCCCUGCAGCCUCACCAGUGCCUGCUGAGCAGAGGGAGGGUCUGGCCAGAGAGCAGCAAGUGCCAACGCCGUCCUACCAGACAUAUCGGUUCCAUGAGGCUGGGGACAGCCAGCAGCUUCCCAGCCGUGAUGCCGCGACCUUGAACGAUUUCCGGGCAAGGUGCCACGCCUUGGAUCUCGCCAUGGUGCCCGAGCACGACUCCAAACAGCUCCCAGAGGGUUUCACCAACCUGCCCCCGCUGCCCCCACCUCUGCCUCCUCCCCAGGACUACACAGGAGUGGUGAACAUGGCUCUGGACUCUGUGGGGAAAGCCGGGGCCCGGGCGCCCAUGUACAGUCCCUAUGGCACCGAGCAGGGCCUGGGGCAGUGGGUGGUGCCUUCCCACAGCCAGUACAGGGCAAUGAGCUACUCUGCCUUCUCCACGGAGUACAACACACAAGGAACUCCAGGACAUGCCCAUGGCACCAUGGCAGAGUGGAGCCAGUACCCUCUGUUCCCCUAUGCCUGCUGGUGAAUGGGGAGGACCCUUCCCAGUGAAAAAAACUGAAAGAAAAUUGUAAAUGAGAUGGACUUUGCUCCGGGGUGUUGGACUUGUGAAGCUUUGCCUACACUAGGCAGAGGUAUUGCUGCAAGCAGUAGCAUGGGACACCUUCACUUCCUUGUCUCCUUGCACAACCACCCUCACCAUAUUUCACAAGCAGUGGUUGCCCCAGCCGUGUCAUUGUGGGUCAGGCUCAAUGUGUUCUGCAGUGUUUUUUUUAUCCCAGGAAUAGGAAAGCACAGGUCUGCAAGAACAGUAUUUAAAGAGCUGCUGAACUCACAAUCUCAGUGUUGGCACCUCGCAUUUGGCAGUUUCCAACAUCCCUUCCUCCUGGGACUUGGUGCAAGGAGAUAGGGGCUGAGGACUUUCAGUAAGCCAUCCACGUGGACAAAAAGCUGUAGAAAAUAUUGCAAAGAUGAGCAAAGCAAGCAAUCCUGGUGAACUUUGAGCAGCUUCCUCAGUUAGUAUAGUCAGAGUAAAGCUAGUCUUGCCUUUCUUCCAGCAGCAGAUGAGAGUAAAAUGCACUGCAAGGUGUGUCUGGAGCACAGCAGUGAGUUGUGCAGGCAGGGGAGAGUUUGUUCCAUGCAGGAGAAGUAGCAGCAAGGCUGUGUGUGGUGUCUUCCUGCCCGUGCCCAUCCCUCCUCUGUCAGCCCUAGAUUCGAGGUCAGUGAAAUACUCUUCAUUCUGUGGGGGUGGAGGGAGGUUGUUCAUGGAAUGUGGGGGCUCCUCUGGGGCUUUCCAAGGUUGUCAGAAGCAGGGCCAUGAACAGCAGUGCUGCUGUGUCACUCCACCUCUUCCUGUAGAGGGAAAGGAAAUUUUCCACUGUGAACUUACUCCUUCUCCCGCUCCCUGCCACCCUGGAGAAUAUAAUUUAUAGUUGUGGUUCCUGCGCUGCUCUGUGAGUGUGUGAAGUCAUCUCACCACUCUUUGGGAGUCUGUAGGGAUCUGUCAGGUAUCAGAAUGGUUCCACCGCCCUCCUCUCUGGUCCCAUCCUGCUCAGGAAGCAGCCUGUGCCCUGCCAUGCAAGCAGGAAUUCUUUUCAUCUUCCUGUUAGAAGGGGGAGGCCUCCCUGUUUGCCCAAGCACAGAUGGCCCUGGCUCUGGGGACUCGGUGAGACAGACUCAUUGCUUCUCAGGGAGGAUAGACACGUUCCUAGGGGUCACUUAGGGAAUAUUUUCAUGUCACACUAAGAGCUGCCUUGUGGCCUGCAGCCAUCAGUGGGCACUGAGGUGUGUCAUGUAGACUGUGUGACAGAUGGUUUUCUGUGCACACUUGUGUGUGUGUGUGUGUGUGUAGCAAGAUGUCUCUGAGCAGACCUGGGCAGGUUUGUGCCCAGUGCCUCAGUACCCCUGUGCAGGGAUGCUGGGAAAGGCUGUGCACCAGGUUUUUGGGGCACCAGCUCCUCACUGUGCAUCUGCAUAGCCUAGGGAUGUUGAGCCACGUUGUUAUUAUUAAGAUUACUGUGAAAAGUAGCCCUGUAAAUUUGUGGACUCAGCUACAAUGACUAUUUCCUUAUUUAAAUUGUAUAUUGUGAGCUGCUUUUGUAUCACAGUUAUUAUAUGUACAGAGCAGCUGAGUACUUCCCCUGGGUUUCCCAUGAUUUGAGGAUGUGCAGCAUUGAAAUAAAGGUCAGACUUUGCCACAGUGCAUGUACAUAAUGCCCUGUGAGCCUCCCCUCUGAUGGCACCCUGGCCGGUAGUGAUUUGUACCUGCUGUGCACGACACACGUGUGGAUAUGAACAACUCACUUAAAAAGAAAUCUGGCUGGGGAAACAAAAUGUGGAGCAGGCUUUUUUUAAUGCCAAAAUAUCGUGAUUUCCUGCCGUCCAAAUGGCAGCAGUGUGAAGGCAGGUCAGCUGUAAAAGGCUGUCUCUGGCCAUUAGCAGUUAAUUUUGCCACCACUGUCCUGCACAUUUUGGAAAUGAGAUGAGCAGAAUGGCUGGGGAGCUGAGUGAGUGCACCACGGGCAAGGAGCCGGGGGUACUUUGUGCACGACACAGGAUCGCUGCCAGCAGCAUGCCCACGAGAGAGAGAAUGCAUCCCCCACAGGCUACCUGCCUGUAGCUGGGAUGUGUUUCCCUGUCACAGAGCGCUAAUGAGGAUGAAAAGCUGCAGUGAGCACGAGUAACUGAGGACAGCUGAGCAGCACUGGGGAAUUCCUGUGAAAACACGCGUGCAAUGCUGUUUCUUUCAAACCUUUGCGGUAGCAGCGUGCAGGUGCUGCUGCCCCUGGGCCUGGCGGUGGAGCUGGUUUGGCAGUGGCUCUGCAGCGGGGUGAGGGACUCAGCUUUGUGCCUAGAACGAGCCAUCAAUUACUCACCAGCCUUCUGUUGCAGCAGGACUGCUUGCCCUUCUCCAGUGAAUCAUCCAGCUUGCUGGAGAAGUACCUAUCCUUUCUCUCUGAUUAGAGACUGCGCUCGGCUUGUUUGGGAAGCCUUUGGAGAUUUUGCCUGUAGGUGUGCUCUGGACUCUGCUCCCGCCCCCUCCCUUUGCAGUUCCCACUGCCUUGUUUUCUUCAGCUGUGGCAUUUAAAGUCCCUAUGAGCUCCACUGAAAUGCUGGUUUUGCACGCAUGUGAGAUAAUGUAGUGCCUCUGACAGCUUCAAUAAAAGGAAAUGAGACAUGUGGAAAUCAGGCCAUUAAGACUAAUAAAAUAAACUCCAAAGUGUAGGUUUUGUGCAUCUUUCUCAAGCACAGUGUGCUCUGCUUUAGUCAUGUUACCUGGGGCCAGUUUGUACAUGCAUGACAUGCUGUUGAUCUCAGCAUUGUUCUCCUCGGCGUGUUCAGUGAGCCUCGGGUUAUCUGCUCACACUGCUCGAUGUGACUCAGGCUCUUGCACCAAUUCUUUGCAGCAAAUUGUUUAUUUUCUCUGUGUUUUCUGCUCCUCUCCUGCAGAGAAGUUACAUAAGGAGGAGGGCAAAUGGACUAUAAAUGGGAUCUAGGUAAAUUUCCUAUGGGAAAUCAAGAUCUUGAUUUAUUUUGGUUUCUCCUACUGUUUUUUUGCAGCCUUAAGCCUUGUCUGACACUGUUUCAAUGCAGAUGGGAAUGGCAGAAAAAUGCUUUCUUGCCGAUGCUGCAGUUCUCCCGCAGGCAGCUGCAGGCUCGGGAGAGGCGGCUGUUCCCUGCAAAGCUCCCAGACACAGCGAGCUCCCCUCCGGCCCGGCCCGGGCUGUGGCCUCUGCGCUCGGCUCUGUACGAGCACCUUCCAGCUGGUUUCACGAAGAGCUUCUCUAAUUUCCAGAGCUUAAAAUCAAUUUAAUUCCUGAGCCCUGGGGUGGGAUCCAAAGGCAUCCUUUGGUUGGAGCAACAAGCAGUGUUGGUCACCCUGUGGCCGGAGCUGCCCGCGGUGCCGGCCCCUCUGGCAGCAGCUGUGUUCAUGUACCUGCUCGGCCUCCAGGUACUCGGUGAGCGGCCAAGAGCAAAGAGAGAGGGGUAAAACUGUGCAGGGCCGGCUGGGGAAUGGAGGGACUUCUCUGGCUCAUGGUGGGGGUGGCCUGUUCUGUGUCCCUCAGCUGCCCUGGGCACAGCCGGUCUCAGAGACACGACCUUGCUGCAGUGUCAGUGGCUGUGAGGGAGGCCUGUUCCUGUCUCUGGAGCUCUGUUCUCAGCCCUCUGCUGCUGGCCUGGCUCCCUGCCCCUCCAGGUGUACAACUACAGUGUUCCUGCCCAGACAGCGCCCUAGUUGGUGAGUGUAAUGGAUAGAUUUAAUUUUAAUCUCCUACAGUUCUUUGGGGACAUGCUGAGAUUUUUAUUUCCUCCUCCUCUAUUUUUACUGAAGAGGGUAAAUCAUGUGCCUCCAUAAAGCAGAGUGGGCAGCCAGUGAUACAAGAUGGGCACUCCCAUCAGUCAUGCACCAGGCAUAAAGCACUGCUCACUUUCAGUAUCUCUGCCUCUCGUUGUACAAAUAUGACUGUACAUGUAAAACAGCAGCUGUUCACAGGAGAGACUUCCUGCAUGCUGGCACUGUCACUCCAGCUCCCAUCUGUGGGGUCUCAAAGCACAGGCACCUGUGAUCUCUGUAACAUCCUUGCUGGGAGAUGGUGCAUUAAGGGUAAUCUGUGUGGAAGUGCUGGUGCAGAGUAGACAGGGAUGAGUCAGGCGUGAUUCCUGUCACACCGUGGGGUCUGUCCCCAUGCUGAGCCACCAGCCCUCUGCUCGCCCACAAUCUGCUUUGGGCUCUGCUUUGCCAUCUAGAAGGGGCUCAGUGGAGACAGAGCUCUCCAGAGCAGCUCCGGCUCUUCCCAGCAGCAUUCGGGUGAGGGGGAAAUGGGAAUUGCUUCAGUGAGUGUAAGUCAGCCCUCCAGGGAUAAAGGCAGUGAACUAGAGCAGUGGAGGGGAUGUGAUCAAACCCGCUGCUCGCCAAAAGGAUGUGCUGAGCAUUGCACUGACGUAGGCUGAAUGACACUAAUGUGUCCCUUCAGAGCCCCUGGGGACAUGAGGGCAUUUUGUAAAUCCUGGAUGAGAAAGCUCGACCAGGACUGCGGUGUUCUGCCCCCCAGGCUGGGCCGGCGCUCCUCCUGGAGCCACCGCAUGUUCCUCACCCUGCCCUUAUGGCUGUUAAUGGCCUUGUCCUGCCUCCAUCCUCAGGGAAUAAUUGCCUCACACUUGAGCAAAUGUGCUCGGUGUUUGAAAGGAGUCUAUCGAUUUGUGCGUAUUCCUGAAAGCCUCACAGGGCCCUGUUCCCUUUGAAGUGUAAAAGCAUCUGUCUGUCUCUGCUUCUCGAGCAGUCUCCUGCUCCAUUUGCAUCUCCCCUCCAUCCCAUCUCCAGGAAUCCAUCCCUGGCCCCAUGCCGCGCUCCCAUUUCAGCUGCUGAGAAGGCUCCCUGCCACGGGAAGAUGGGGCUUAGAGACAAAGGUGCAAAGCUUCUGUCUUGGGAGGGGGUUGAGCUUAGCUUGCAGGUGGGGGUACUCAGCAUGGAGCUGUUCCCGGAGGCCAGUUUCAGUAGACAGACUGGGAAUGUUCUCGUUGGGCAUUUAUCCGUGGUGGGUGUGUUAAGUAGGAAGGAGAGGAAAUAGCCUCUGGCUUCUCACCGUAGCACUUCACUUCCCAGACAGCACUGGCUGGUAAGGAAGGAGGUCAGACCUGGACUGCCUUGGAUAAUCCACCAUGUGGGAGCUGAAUUGCACAGGAAUUGAUGGUUCUCUGAUGUGCAUUUGAGCAAAUACUAUUGAAAUGUCGUGGAGUCCCUGGUCUGUGUGUUGGAAUUCAGCCUGUGAUUCUCCCCAUCCCAUCUCCCUGGGACAGUGGGACUGGCCCUGGAUGGGCUGCUUGUCCCUACCAGGGCAUUUCCAUGUAGGCACAAGCUUGCAGGGGUGAUUAUUCCUGGAGAUAGGACUCAGAGCUCUGACACGCCUUGGUCAGUGGUGGUGGUGCGAGCAGAGCACAGUGCAGAUAACUCCGGGCUGGAAUUGCAGCCACUGCCAUCCAGCACCUCCCAGAUGGUGUGCUGGGUUUCCUAUUUCAAGGGGGCCCCAGCAGAGCAGCCAUGGCACCUCACUGCUGGAGGCAGUAAAUGGGCUCCCAUCUGGUUUUAAUGAUCAGUAGCACUUUGGUGCUUGUUUAUUCCCGUGUUUUAUGCUUCAGCAAUAAAAUACUGCUUCAGUUUGUUCAAUCCAUCCUGGUGCUGGAUGCAGAUGAGUUCACAGCCUCUGACAAAGAGGUCCCAGCAGCAUACAGGAUGUUGUCUGUUUUGUUUUUUUUUUUUGGAUGGCUGGGCAGAAUCAGAUGAUGUAGUGGCUUUUGAAAUACAAACAUCAGUGGACAGUAUAGAAGGCAGGGCACACAGCUCAUCAUGUAUAGCAAAGAAAUAAUGUCCUUAGACUAAAGAAGACUUGGUUCUGGAGCUGGAACUGUCUGCCCUUCUAUCCUCCACAGGGCAGCACAGAGCUCUGGUGUGGAUACUGAAUGAAGUCAGUCCCAACUUUAAACCAGGUACCUAAGGAAAUUUUAGUCCCAAAGUGCUGCCUGUGGCAGUCACUGAGCUUAAGCCAUCCCACCACAGCCCUACAGUGGCAGUAGCAGGAGCACUGGCAGGGCUACAUCUCACCAUGGGCACACACCAGCUCUGUGACAGGUUCCUGGUGCCACCCUGCUCGGGGCAGCUACAGUGGGCUGGGAGCUGUACAAAAUUCUCUGGGGUCACUGCAGUCAUCUGUUAAGUUAAUCUAAAGGGGCAACUGUCUGUAAGGGCUUGUGAGGCUUUCUUCCUAUCCCCAGCACACUCGUGUUCCCUGGCUGGUGUGCCUGCGAGCGGGGAGCAGUCUGCUGGCAGCUCUGGCACCGAGGGGAUUGUCCUCCCAAGGGACAGGCAAUAGCACCUGGCACAUCUCUGGCACAUCUCUGGCGCUCAGUAUCUGGGAUCCUGAAUCAGUUCUGCAGGAGCCAGUUCAAGCUUUUCAGCGCCUCUGUUGCAGGGUAGGUGGGGACACUAAGGCAAAGAGAUAAAGACAGUAAACUGCAGGGGGAGGAAUGUGCUCUUUGUCUCCCUUCUGACUUUUAUGGAAGCCUGGAAACAUUUUGCUUUCCCAUCUAACAUUCAUCUUCUACACUAAUGGUGGAGAAACAGUCUUUAUUUCCCAUCUGUAUGCUCCUUGGAGGAUCUUUAACUCUUACCUCUAAAGAGCAUUGAUUUUCUGCAGAGACCCUUUUCCCCCACUGUUUGUCAAGGCUUGGAGCUUUAGGUGGCAACUAAAGAGAAAAGGUUUUUAACAAACUAAUUAACCUCCCUCCAAGUCAGUCAGGGUGUGUUCCCUCGGUGCCACUGAUGUUGCAUUUGUGCUAAUUUCCCUUGGAAUGUCUAAUGUAGGGGGAGCGAUUAAAGGAGGCUUUUCUCGGGCAGUUUUUACACAGCAGGAAGAGGGAAGGUGGCAGCGGCUGCUCUGUUUGGUUAUUGCUGUCUCCAGGGUCCUCCACCCAUCCCCUGCUGGAGCCAGAGCCCAGCUCCCUGCGCUAGGAGCACUUGGAGUGCCCCACCGAGACUGGCCAGGUCCCAGCAAGGCAGAGCUCACCCGGUACCCUGUGAAAUGGGGCUCUGGGUUACACCAAAUGUGUCACCCCAGCUUCCCAAACAAACGCGGCCUGUCGGUGUAGAGGGAAGGAUCUUCUGCUAUGGAGCUGAGCAGGUUUUGCCAUCACAGUGUCAGAAGGGCUCUCUGCUUCUCUGGCUUUCAACUGCAAAUGAAGCAAAUGGCAAAGCAUUGACGAAGGACCUCCCUGGCCUCUGCCCCGGCCCAGUGCUGGGUCCAGCCUCCCGACCCUGGACACAUGCUGAUGGUGUCAAGUCUCCUGGAAUCAGGGCAGGACUGUGUCAUGGUGCCUUGGAGAAAGGAAACCCUGAUUCUUAUGGAUGCUCCUAGGAGCCUUGUGCUGCUGGAAUCAGGUGAGGCUCUGGGUGGCAGGAGACCAGCGAAAGCAGUUGUGAGGGCACCAUGCCCAUCCUUGUGCUGCUCCCUGAUGAUAGGGAGAAAUAACGCUGUGAUUCCUGGGAUGUAGGGCUGGGACAGCUUGUGAGCUGUGGCACGAACUCCUCGAGUCUAGACUAUAAAGUACUUCACAGGUCUGUCCCAAUUGCCUGGCCUAUUAGUUUUAUGGAGGGGCUAUUGUAAAGAUGCAGUUGGUCUCCUUUUGCCACAGUAAUGAAAAUACAACUGUGGUGGGGAGAGAGAGACCCUGGCAGGGAGGCAGUGGGAAGCCUGUGUUUGUUUGGGCAUUGGGGUCACAACCUUAUGGGCUCCUGGGGUCCCCGGGUAUCAGUCGGUGCCACUGUGGGUGCACUUCGGCAAGGGGAACCUUUGCCCCUCGGCCCAGCCGGGGUUCCUCCGGGCAGCGAGGAGGCAGAGGAGGAGGCUGCAGCCGGGCAUGCACAGGCAGGGGCACAGUGCCACCCAGUGACAGCGUGGGACCAGCGAGGGGACAGCUGGGGCAGCCUGCAGGGGGGUUGCUGCAAAGGUGCUGAGGCCUGGAAGCUGCAGCAAGGGUACCCCAGGGCACCGUGGAAAACAGAAAGCCAAGAAAACAUCUAAGUUGUUGCUGUGUGCUUACAGUGUACAAGGGGCAAAGCUCUGGGGCUGUUGUGCUGUGUCUGGAGUGAGGGUUUUGCACGACUCGCUCAGGUGCUGACAGAAGCCAAGUGUUGGGCAAGCUGGGGCUGAAGCAGCUCAUGUUUUAGGAGGCACCUGGCAGCAAAACAAGGGGAGGAGAAGGCGGUUGCCUGGGAUGAGCUGCUCUCCGUGGGGAGGAUGUGUCCCUGCUUUGAGAUGUGCAGGCAGCUCUGGGGCAGCGUGUCUGGUCCCAGAGAGACAAAGCAGGGGCUGCCUUGGAGCCCCUCGGCCUCUGCCAGGAAGGGAUCCCUUGUGUCUUCAGCAGUAGGUGACAGCCACAUGUGGUGCAUUUGUGAGGUUAAUGCAGGACCUUUCCUCCCUUCUGCCCAAACCCUGCCUACAUUCUUUGCUAGCUCAAGCUCUGUAUCUUGUGUUCCCAGGCUGUAACAAGCAUCAACAGGCAGGGGUGGUGGGGGAGAGGGAAAGGAGUCAGGUACAGUGGGGCAUGGUGCUGGUAUCUCCUAAGGUGGCUCCUGCACGAAAUCACUGCCCCAAGCAAUGCUGGAAACAUAUCAGGGCAUUGCUUGGGGCAGUGAUUCCAUAUGUUUGUGUCUCUUGGAGGAGGCACAGACUGUGGCUCUAUUUUGGGUGAUGACUGCAGAGCCCACGGAGCCAUUUGGCAGCAGGGAGGGGUGUUAAAUCAGCCUGUCCUUCUCCAGGUACAUCAUCUCCACCCCCCUCCAUCUUCCACAGCUGUUCCAGUGUGGUGCUGCCGUGGGGCUGCAGCAUGGGCUGAAAUCAGGGCACUGCAGCGAGGAAGGCAUGAGCUGAUGGAUACAAGUCCCACAUUUUUACUGCCCUGCACACACUUUCUGUUCCUAGGCUGCUCCCCAAGGUGUCUUUAUUUUUGUCUAUUUAAAUUUGCCAGUGUUGAUCCCACAAACACCACUGUGGGGGUCUGUGGGCUUCUGCUGCUGUACAGCACAAAGCCUUGCUAGAAAUCCAGCACCAGCUGGAGAGCUGUUUCCAUCCCAUCGCCCACCUCUGCCUCCAUCAGAUGGUCACUAGUGACAGUGAGGGUGGAUCACUGAGCCUCAUACAGGUAGGAGCUGCUACUGAGUUCUUGGAGUAACCUUUUUGUCACUGCUGGGGUACAUCCUGCAGUUUGGGAUGAUUUUGGGCAGCGAUUUCCAACAGUGCUGCUUAUCCUGCAUGUGGUGGUCAGACCUGUGUUAGAGCAUUCAGCAGAAUCCCAGACCUGAGUUAAUUUUAGCCUUUCUGUUUCAGACUCCUGCUGAUGUGUCCCAUGUCCAGGCCAAGGUGCUAUUUCUUGCAGGGAAAUGAUCUUUGUUAAUUUUAGAUCUAGUUCUCCAAAGUGCAGAGUAGGCACAGCUAUUGCAGGUAGUCAGGCACAGUGGGAGGCAUUCGAUCUUUGUGGGAUAUGGCUCUUCCCUACACAACGAAGGCCAAGCCUGAUGAAUUACAUUUCCUUUGUGCCCUGCAGAGCAUGAGGCUGAUGCUCAGCAGGAAUCCAGCCCAGAGCUGUGUAUCCGUCGUCACUGCAGACUCGGAGCCAGAGCACCAGCUGCGAUACCUGGAAAGAGAAAAGCUCUUUCUCUUCAAGGUCGGUAGAUUAAUUGUAUCAAUGCUCACAAGAAGAAGGGAAAAGAAAAGAUGGUCUAACAUAACAGAAAUGGAUUCAGCAGGUAUCCUGAACCACAUAAUCCAGAUCAAAACAGAAUAAAAUAAAAAUAAAGUAAAAUAAAAUAAAAGUAAAGUAACAGAAUACAUUUGAAACUGUGGAAAUGGAGUCUGGAAAUACAGGGGUCAUUACUUACCAGUAAUGAAAAAUGGGCAAGUUUGAUUUUUGUAUUUUUUAUGGCAAGGAUAGCAAUAGUGCACUCUAAGCCUGGCUGUGUUUGUCACUGGUCAGGAGCAUCCCUGGGGGUCUCCAGCUUGGCUGCUGACUGGUGGUGGGCUGAACAGGAGUCGAGUGCCAAGAGUUUCAAACCCAAGUCCUGUUGUUCACUUAUGUCGGUCCCUUCUGUUUGUUCAAAACACAAUCCUCUCCCUGCACUUGCCACUCCCCCCAAAGCAGUUGGAUUUUGGGUGCUGGGGCAGCUGGGGGAAGGCAAAGCAGCAUGUCCAGCAAUGCCCUUCUACCCUUGCUUCCCCCUGACAAGCCCAGCGAGAGCUGCUCGUGCCUGAGGGUCUGGAGAGGAUUCACUGGAUAGCACAGACUGGGAAUCUGCAGUGGUGGGGGAUAAACCAUCCCUUGGGAUCCACACUUUAACUUCAGCUUUAGUGAUAAAUUUCUAGACCAAAUGCUAGUAAUGGAUUUCUCAGCGCUGACUUUCAGCUGCCCUUGUUGGACCAGCCAGGACGUACAAAGCAGGAGCCAGUCCCUGUGGAUAUCCCAGAUUUAGCUCUGAUCCCAAUUGUCUGGUGUGCCAGCGGCGGGUUAGACUAAUAACUCGUGCAGGGAGGGUUCUAGUUACAAAAUGCCUGGAAUGAAGCAAGCAGGUGCUGGGAAGGUUAACUGAGGGGAGCACUGCGUUAAUUCCCUGUCGCCUCUCGCUCCCCCGCCUGCCUCGGCAGCAGUGGGAUGGAUCUUCCGCAGGUGAGGCUGCACCGAGGGGCUGCCAGUCCCCGGUGAGCACCGUCACACCCCAGAGCAGGGGUAGCUCAGCUUUCAGCUCCCAGGGUUGUGUCAGUCUGGAGGGGCUGAGUCCCGGCGGGGGCGCUGGGGGUUCCCAGCUGCUCCCGGGGAGGGCGGGCAGCUGGAGCGGUGUGCGGACAGCCUGACUCAGGCCGGGCUCACAGCAUUCGGCGUUAGUGAGUCACAACAAUCGGUGCCGCUGGGGCUCUGGCAAGCUCUCAGGGCUUGCAUUCGGAGCAGGAGGCUCACUCUGGGACAGCUGGGAGCAUUUCCUUCCCGCCGGGACACGCGGCCCUGCUGCAGCGGGACUCGGCUGUUUGCACAGCGAGUGCGCAGCUCGGGGGGACGGAGGGUUCCUGAAACUGGAGCUGCUUCGCUUUUCCCUGCUCAGCUGUGACUGCUGGUUCAACAGCUGCUACAGGAGCAGCUGACCUGUCCUCUAGAAAAAAGGCAGAGGGGACAAUAUGGGGGACAGGAAUCAGUACGAUUGCUCUGAGGUGAGUGUGGACCUCAGGAGCUUUCAUCUGUGUACAGUCCACACUAUGGAGAAUCGUGGAGAAAUGGAACUGUUCUGCUGUGGCUGCAGUUUAUUUGAUGCAUUUAGCUGUAUUUCCUACUGCUGUAGGCUCCAACAGACACACCUCUGGGCAUGUAUAAAAGGAUGUUUGUCAUCACACUGGUUUAGAAAUAAAACCUUUUAAGUAAAUCUUUUAAGUGACAAACUGAUGAACCCAGCUGAUCCCAGCUUGCACUGAAAAAUGGAGGCUUGUGCUGCCUGAUGUUGGACUGAAGUAACUGAACUACUUCAGUUCUGCACUGGUGGAAGCCUGAAUGCAGGUAAGACAAAUAAACCCACCCUGAGUUACUGCUUGCUUCUUGUUACCUUUUACUUUCUGCCUUUUAGCCUGAAGCAGGAUUGCCAAGCCCAGUGAAUGUAUCUGACCUAUUCUCAUCUUUAAAACACAACUUGACAAUUGUGACUAUUUGAUGAUAAGACACUAUGCAGAGUUGGCUAUGAAUGUUUAUUAACAUCACAUGGAAAUCUGUACUCCAGAGAAGACAAACACGAGGCUGUCACCAUACCUACAGAGUCCAGGGAACCAAUACAAGCUUUGUAGGCUUCUCCUUUGCAGCAGCUGAGUGGCUGAUGUUCUUCUUAAGCUUUCCUCCCAUACAGCAUCAGCUCGAGUAUCAACACCUUGUUAAUGAUUUAACUGAAAAAACCCUUUAGUUAAGUUACUAUUGAUUUGGAUUGACUAAAAGACAGAGGAUGACCAGGAUGUGGGUUCUGACCAAAACACAGACGGUUCUGAUGUGUUGCACCAGCACCUCACAGCAGGGGCCAGAGCUGCAGUCCCUGCUCUCCAGUGCCUGCACAGGUCACACCUUAGUUACUCAACCAAUAAUAAAUGAAAUUCAAACCAUUGCAUAAACCAGUCAUUCUUACAAGCACAGUCAAGGGCAUCACAGUAAACCAAGGUCACGGUUUCCAGAGACCUUUAAAAGCCUGGGCCAAAGAGCACAAUAAAUACAGUGGUGGAAGAGCAGGAAGAGCACGGACGUGUCGGGCAUCAGGGUAGAGGAGACAGUGGUAAUCUGUAUCACCAGAGAUGCAUCUGUUUCAUGUGAACCUCCAGAGCCCAGCAGCAUUGUCUGAGAAGAGGCACGAGGAUGGAACAGGAGAGUAUCAUUCAGCCUGGCAACAGCAUUUUCUGCUGCUUAAUUCUUCCUUUGAUUCUGGAAACCUUCAGUUGGCACACUCUGUUCACCCACAGGCCAUUGUAAGGACAGAGUAAGGGCUUAAACAUUCUGCUGUUAUCCUCAAGGUUUUCAGACUAAAGACGACAAAUAAUACUGUAAGUUGAGGCAAGUUUUAUUUAGACUGUACAAACAGGGCACUGGGGAAAAAAAACACAGUGGCUUGAUGUUGGGACCAGUUCUAUGAAUUAAGUGGAGUAAGAAAUUAAAAAGGCACUAAUCUUAAGAAAAGACACUCCGUAUAUUCUAAGAAUAUAAUUCAUUUAAUACUGUUAAUCUUAUAGCACAAAAAAUAAAACAAGCUAUGAUCCCCAAAAUAAAUUUUAAAAGCUUACACUUAAUAUUAUUGCCUGAAGAUCAUGGUCUUUAAAUUACAUAUUGUGUUUAAAAGUUUACACAGUGAAGACUGUCUCAAAUACAAGGCCACCUUUCCCACUGCAAUAAUUGUAUCCUUGUCCCAAAAUACAUUUUAACACAAAUAAACAGAAAAUGACAGCUAUACAGGAACGCUUUCACUGGUCCCAAAAGGCAGUCUUUUAGGCAGGUCUCACUUUCAAAUGCAGGUAUUGAGGAAAAUGCUUGAAAACUGGACUAGAAAACAAAGGCAGCCCACUCAUUCCCAGGAUGUUAAUACAAUAUAAAAAAUUACUUUACAGGCACAUGAAAUGGCACAAAGAAUGCUGUUUUUCCCUUUACAAAAAUAAUGCUCAGGCUCUUCAGAGCCUCAACCCAAACAGGAUAUUCCCUUUCUGUUUAUUCUUUCCCAAUUUGUAAACAAUCAUGAAUUAAAUAAGCGCUUAUCCAGUGAUGGACACUGAUUAAAACAGUUUUCAUUUAAACUUUCAGACUGGUCAGAGGCUUCAAUGUCUAUAUACACAUGUACACAGCAGGAGGAAGCCAAGCCUUUCGUGAUAGUUGACUACUGUGGCACCAGGUCAUUACACCAGCUCCUAGUUCCAAAGCAAGGACAACUUUAAUGGUGCAUAGAUUGAAGCCAUCACUUGUAGGCUCUCAUGCUUCAUAUCAAGGUUACCUUACACGCCCAAGAACAUUUACACUGAUAGAUUAUCACUCAGAUUUAAGAGGUUUCAUAAAACGACAGCACAUGUGUAAGCGAGCGACAAGCGAUUGAGAACCCAGAGUCCCUCAAAGAGAAACACACACUGAUCCAAUGCAGUCUUUAUAUGAAAAUACUUGUCUCAUAGUAAAAUAGCCAAGACACAUUUUAUAGCAAGGUUACAAUCAGCUUAGGCUGGUCAGUAUGCUACAUUGAAACCACAUUUUACAUACCGGAACCACACCGCUGCUACUUGGAGAAACACUGUUCAUUCACGGCCUAAAACCAGGUUCACAGAAAUUCAAGAAUUCUUGUCUUUGCAUCAGAUACCAAUACACACAAUUUUUGCAUAGUUUUGAAGGUAAAAUACUUUGCUUUUCUGCAGUAUUGGAACAUAAUUAAACCUAAAACGGUAUUUGUGUUCAAAGCGUACACCUUAUUCAAUGAGGGGAUGAGUCAAGAUGUUUAUUUCAGUGAAAAAAAA